UAGAGAAAAAAAAGUCAAAAAACAAAAGCAGAGCACGAGCAGGGAAAACAUUGGCUUCCCCCCAGUUGUGUGUUGUGAACUUUAAUAAUUCGAUUUGGCAGCUGAUUGUAAACAUUAAAUUCGUAUAUAUAGUCCUUGGCCCCCUUCACAAAGCGAACAAAUUCAAAAACAAAAAAAAAGAAUAGAAAAUGAGUGACGACUACUUAAGGAAACCCUUCUCAUUGGCGCCCGCACCAGCCGUUGACGAUGCAACAACAAAAACAUAUACGCCAGCAACAAGCACAUUUAGCAGUGCACCCGUAUCGCCAUAUCUCAACUAUGAUUCCCGCUUUCUGCAGCAGUCCCAGCCUGAGUUUAUAUUCCCGGAGGGAGCGAAUAAGCAGCGCGGUCGAUUUGAACUUGCCUUCUCACAAAUAGGCACAUCGGUUAUGAUUGGCGGCGGUGUUGGUGGUCUGGCCGGAGUCUACAAUGGUUUCAAAGUAACCAACGCACUUAACCAAACGGGGAAGCUGCGACGAACCCAAUUAAUCAAUCACAUAAUGAAACAGGGUUCCGGCACGGCGAAUACUUUAGGCACUUUGGCGGUGUUGUAUUCGGCAUGUGGAGUGUUGUUGCAAUAUGUUCGUGGUGAGGACGACCAUGUAAAUACAGUGAUUGCGGGAUCUGCCACUGGACUGCUAUACAAAUCAACAGCUGGCCUCCGAAGAUGUGCACUCGGUGGUGCUAUUGGCCUUGGCAUUUCGUCGCUCUACUGCUUAUACCUGCUGGCGCAAGAAAACAGCACAGACUCAAGACCAAAAUUCCUGUAGAUUUCAAUAAUUGGCUAAGCUUUUUGUAAGCUCAAACCGAGAUACGCGAACAACAAAAAUUGAAGGAGAAAAAAAACACAACUACACAAAUAUCGACGUGUAGAGAGGUCGCUUCGAAGCGCUUAACCAAGAAAGUGAAGUUUUGUUUUAUAUUAUAAAUAUACGUACACUUAACAUAUAUAUAUAUAUAUAUAUAUAGAUGUGGACAAAUAUAUAUAUAUAUUAGGGAUACCGAGACGACCGUCAAUCGUUUUAUGUUCAAGCAGGCUUUAGUUAUAACAUAUACCAAAAUUCUAGAUCCUUUCACAACUCUGUACAAAAGAAAAUGGAAAAAAUACAUACUAAAAUGCUUUGGUAUGCAACGUGCCGUAAAA